AUUUUCCAAGAAAAUAUGUAUUGGGGUUUCAUCAUUGUAUUAUCUUUAACAUAUGUGGUUGAGUCUUUCUCUCUCCUGCCAUUGAAGUAACUAUCUCACUCUGAAAAUGAGAAUGAACGCGUUCUGUGUCUCAGCUUCUGCAACUGCAUCUACUUGUUCCUUUUUCUCCAAUCCAAAUCCAUAUCCGCAGGGUGCACCGCUUCAAAAUUCGAAAAUUCCAACUCUCUGUAACAACAAGCCGAGCUCGAUUCUCACACCGUUUCAUUUGAAUUUGAGGAGGAGGACAACUUUUAUAUGUGCAGCCAAUCAAGACCCCGAGGAAGCUUUUAAAAAAACCGUCGAAAUUGAUAGGCUCAUUGAUAUGCUCAGAGAAGCUAAUCCUCGCCAACUUCAGAAGCUUGUUGUUGAAAACAUACUUGCUUUCAACCCAAGUUUCUGGGUACGAAUUGCGGCAAGAACCGACACUUGCAAAUCUGAGGAUGAUAAAAAAGAUUAUGAAGAACUGGCGGCAGCGGUUAUGAGUGUGGUGGAUCGUGUGGUUCAAAAGACUAACGAAAAGAUAGAUUCUGCUACGGAUGUCCUGAAGGGGGUACUAAAACCUGUGGUUGAUGAUGUAGGAGAGGUUUCCUGGCCCCCUAGAGAUCCUCAGGCUCUCACAUUGAUGGAAAAAGAAAUAAACCAAAGGGAGCAAGAAGGACAGCUAGAUGAAGGGUUCCUUGCUGAAGUUAAUGCACAACUACGACAAGCAAAUGAAGAUGGUGAUAAGCCUGGGUUUGUGGCUAUGUUGCAAAAGGUUUUGCAACUCUAUGCUUCCAGAGUUCUCUCAAAACGUAGCUAUGCCAUGAAAGGGAACGAAGUUUUGAAGGAUGAGCAAUUCCUUGAAACCAUAAUCCAAGCUCCUGAAGAAGAAUGGAACAAUAUUUUGAUCAAAGGAUUGACAAUUGGUGCUGGGGAUAUUUCACCAGAAGAGCUCUAUGCUGUCUUGAAGAAACGAAUUGAACGAACUUUGAUUAGAACUGAGGGAGGUUCUUACCAGCAACGUAUCCUGACAGAGUACCUGAAAGGCAUUGAAAUUAGAGCUGAUGACCUAGUUCAAGUGCUUCAGGGGAGAACACAAUAGCAUUUUUUUCAUAACUGAGGAUGGACCAGGCAGUUGUAAUGUCAACUCAUAAGCCAUAACAAUGCACUGCAUGAUGCUAAAAGUGAUUAACUAUUUGUGGAGCAUAUCAAGCUAAAUACAUAGUGAGCUGGAGAAUUUUGUAUGAUCAUAUCUUCAAGCAGGUAAUAUACCUACUCACACAGAUAGAGGCUGAUUGGUCUUUAGUACAGCAUUUGAUUACUUUCAGCUAGUUUUGCACAGCAGGUUAUAUGUCCUGUAAAAUUGGGGAAAAAAUUGUUGAAGAUCCUAGAAUUUGACAAUAAACUGUUCCUUUUCAUGUUUAUUGACCUGCAACAAGUUGUUUCUUUGAGUGAAUUGCAAUGCCUUCAUGUAAA